UGAUUGUAAAGGAGAUCGUCUUUUGGAGACGCCAUCUUAAAAUAAAGUGAUAUAAGUUUUGGUAGCGUAGAAUUUAAAAAAUCCAAAGUAAUCUUAAUUUUUAGUGUAGCAUUUGUGCUUAUAUAAUUUUAUUAUAAUAUUACUAAGUGAUACGGACCAAGUUGGUGGUCGGAGCGAGGGUGACCUCCUGAUGGUGUGUACAUCGCAGCAUGUCUGCACUCUCGACGCCGGGCGGCGGAGGCAAUACGGCGCAGAGCAAGCCGACGUCCGGCAAGCAAAAAUAUCAGAAGUUGGACAUCAAUAGUCUGUACUGCGCCAACAGGAACGAAAAUUCAGAACCGUCCUCAGUUAAAUCACAAUUAAGCCGCAAACAUGGAAUGCAAAGUCUUGGAAAAGUGCCUUCUGCGAGGCGUCCUCCUGCCAACCUGCCUUCUUUGAAAACUGAAACUGGUCAAGACCCAAGCGCAAACUUAAUUUCUACUGUCACUACUACUACAACAGCGGCAAUAUGUACCUCACAGACAGCAACCACAACGUCAACGAGUGGUGCCAUUGCGGGCACAGGGUCAGCAGGAUGGGUGGCGCUGCCCCCACCAUCGUCGCCACACUUCCGUACAGAGUUCCCCUCAUUGGAGGCAGCAGCUCAACCGUCACACCGUUCUUCAGAUCAUUCUGCACCCCAGUUACAACUGAGACCACAAACGGAAGGCAGUUGGACGUGCGGUGGCACGGCCGGCGUUCGGCAAGAAACUACAUCACCCGCCGCCGCGCCCGCCUCCACGCCUGCUUCACAGCAAAUACCCGCCUACCGCGCCAUUGUGCCAUCCUUCCUGAUGAAAGGUAGCAGUGGUAGUGGGCUUGGAAUAGGACCUUUGAAUACACUUCGUGAUAAUAGAAGUAAUAAUAGUGGCAGUGGGGGAGGUAAUGCAAACAAUAAUAAUUCUGGAGGCCCUAGACCAAACCCAAGGCCAUCAGCUACACCGAGAGCUGUUGAGGUUCUUACAGCACGACCCAUCCUACGCGAUGAACAAAUAUCUUCACUUGAUGAUAUAUCGCGUGAUGCUGGAUGGGCUCAACAUGACGACAUUGAUUAUGAUCAAAAACUGGAUUUCUCUGAUGGUGAAUCUUCAGCACCAACCCCUAAAACCAGUAGCAAAAAUAAUAACCGCGCCAGUAUUGACGUCGAACGUGUGGAUUCUAAAAUCCAGGAUCCGGGUGAUGAAGAUCAGCUGUGGGCGGAGCGUAGGCAGAAGCAAAGCAAUGAAGUUGCUCAAGCCGUCGCUCGGGCUCGCCAACGCAAAGAGGAGGAGCAGCGCCGUCAAAUGAGGGACCCUUCUACGCAAUCUAAAGGAAACCGUGAUAGAACUGAUAGAAAUGAUCGCGAUCGUGAGCGUGAUCGUAAUGAUCAUAGAGAGAGAGAUCACGAUAGUCGAGAAAAAGAUAGAGUGGAAAACAGGGAUCGUAUGGAGAAUAAAGAAAGGGCUGACCGGGAUAGGGAUAUAAGAGAUAAGGAUCGCUUAGACAAUAGAGACCGUGAUCGUAUGGAUAAUAGGGAACGUUUUGAUAAUAGGGAUCGCGAUAGAGAUCGACCUAUUGAUAAUAGAGACCGAAACAGAACUGAUAAUAGGGACCGUCAGGAUGCUGAUAAAGAUAGGGAAAUGCGUGAUCGUAAUGAUAAUAGAGACCGUAACGAUAAACGGGAACGUAACGAUAACAGGGACCGUAACGAUAACCGGGACCGUAACGAUCGUGACAGAUUUGAUAGAGAAAGAGACCGUAAUGAAAGGGAUAGAGAAAGAGAUAGGGCAGACAGGGACAGAAAUGAACGGGAUCGCGAUUUUCGCGAUCGUGAUAGAGACUACGGCCGUGACCGCGACCAAACCAAUCCUGCCUUUUCCAAAACGUUCCAAGCAAAUAUUCCUCCUAGGUUCUUGAAACAACAACAAAAUAGACAACAAGACGACCAAAAGUAUAGACCCAGGCGACAAGAACCCCCGGCGUAUAAUGCGCCAAGACAUGCUCCGCAUAAUGGCCGGCGUUCUUAUUCAAGGGAUUAUUCUGACCGCGAAGAUGAUGUAAGACGGGAUAAAGAGAGCUCAGGACCCCAAUGGAGAUCGGAAAUGCAAGACCAAGAUAGAACUGGUAGAGACUUCGAUCGUUCUAAUUCGAAAGAUUAUGGUGAACAAAAGGAUCGUCGAAAUGAAUCUGAUAGAAAAUCAUACGAAAGUGCGGUUGAAAGUAGUAGAACGGCAGCUGAUAAGUUAUCUGAAGUAUUUGAGAGGAAAAGUAUUGGUCUUUUUGAACCCUUUGUUAAUUCCGACUCAACUGCAUCAGUAAAAGCUCCUGAAAGAAAGACUACACCACCAUCCAAUGUUCCACAACGUGAUUCCUCUGAAAAAGACUUCGGCAAAACAUCCUGGGCAGAAGUUGCCAAGGAAGAAACUAGUAACCAGAAUACAGUAAAGCCUCCUGUAGAAAAUGUGGUUCCAAUAAAAGGCAAUGAACAGCUUUUAAAUGAACCUUCUUCUUAUAUUGAAUCUAAAGAAACUGCUUCUACUCCAAUUUCAGUAGCACAAACACCACAACAGAAUAUUGUUGCAGUAAAUAUUUCUUCUGAAAAUAAUGGCACACAGGCCCAGAUAAACAAAUACUCUAAUAACAUCCCUCACCCUCAAAAUUAUGUUCAUCCCCUUCAAUCUAAUCAAGCUUCUUCUCAUGUACAAACUCAUAAUACUUCUUCAGUCACCUCCCUUCAACCUUCAUUUACUGAUAGUCAAUCUCUUCCUAAACCAAUAAAUGUUUGUCCUCCUAAAGUUGAAGUAGUUCCUAAUUUACAACAGCAACAGCCAGUUUCAGAACAUGUAACUUCACAAAAUAAUAAGCCUGGUUUUAAUAAUAAUAUGCAAAAAAGUGAAAAGGUACUUUUGGAGACUGAAUCAGUUAUGACCAAAUCUAAUAACGAUCCUUCCAUUACCAACAUAAAAAUUAACGAUCCACGCUCUACAGAAGCUAUCCCAGCAGACUCUAUCAAUAUACCUGCUGAGGAAGUAAAGAAUGAAAGAGUUAGUAAUGAAAAUCUUACCAAAAUUCCUCCUAAAGAACCCGUGGAAAGAAAAUCAAGUGGAUCUGGAUCUGAAAAGAAAGGAAGAGGAUUUGGAACUGGUGGUUAUAAUGUGUAUAAUAGAGGUUGGGGACCUAGAGAAUCUCGGGGGCGUCGGUCACACCGCAGUUCACGAUCUAAUAAUAGAGCAAGCGAGUCUGAUGGUUCAACUGACGCGGAUCGUAAAGAGAGGCGUAGAGCACCACGGAGCCCAAGAAGACCUAAAAAACAGGAUAGACCUGAAGAUGUUGGUAAUAUUCAUCCAGAUCAAGUUCAGGUACCUCAUGCAACUGAUGCACUGGAGAACAGGGAACCCUUUGCACCCCGAGGUCAACCUUCACGUCGUGGUCGAGGUGGUUUUCAAGGUACUACAAGACCUCCUGCUCCUGCUAAACGAGUUACAGGUUAUGGGCCACCAAACACGAAAAGUCCGUUUAGUCAAGCUAACCGCGUGAAAGAAAAUGAAGAAGUAAAAGAAGGAAUCCCAGAUGAUAUGGACAAAGGUGGCAACAGGCAGCGUACAGGUUCAUCAGGAAAAGGACGUGAUCGUCGUUCCAGGGGUGGAAUGGGGCCUAACAGCGGCGAAGAUGAAAACUGGGAGACAACUUCCGAACAUUCCGAGGGUGGCGGAACUCGCCGACGUUCUGUUGGGGGAAGACAAUCUGGUCAAUCUCAAAAAGGUGGAAAUCGUAAUCAAAAUUCAGGGAAUAGACAAAAUGGUCGUAAUGCACCAGCAGCUAAAAAAGAUAACUUAUCAGACAAAGGAGUUGAUGUCACAGAGGCUAUGACUGAUUUAAAGAUUUCUGCAGCUAAGAAUGAAGAAGCAGUUGAUGAUGGAUUUCAAGAAGUGCGUAAUAAAAAGACUUCAAAAGAUGCGCGAGGUUCUUCUGCAAAUGCUAAAGACGAAAGUCAAAAUGGUACAAAACAACCUCGUUCACGCUCCAAUCAGGGAGGCGGUAGAAACGGAUCUUCAACUCGAAAUUCUAGCGAAAAAUCUAACUCUCGUGGAUCAGCUCCUGUGUCUGGUAAACCCAAUUCGCAAUAUGAAAGGCCGCGUACAGCUAAUCUGCCUCCACGUUUUGCUAAACAAAGACAAAAACAACAAAUGGGAUUAGUACCUAGUUUUAUUCCUGAUACGGGAGCAGCCCCACCUCCUCCUACAGUUAAUGCUUGGGAUAAACCAAUUUCGCAAACUCUAAGGGGAAAUGUAGAAGAGCCUUCAGAAGUGGUGGAUAAAUCCAGCCAAUCGAGUCAAAGAAGUACUCCAGGUGAUGCAAACAAUCAAAUUGACCCCAAACCUAAUUCCACUCCUGUGGUUGUACCUGAAAAGACUGGUGUACUUGAUGGAUCCACUCCUCCAGUUGAAACAAUAAUAUUCGAAAAUACUAACUACAAAACUCCGCCAGCAGAAGCAUUAAAAUCAAAAUAUCAACCAAGUGCUAAUACAGUUAAAUCGCAAGAGGAAGUUGCUAGCGAGAUGGAAUCUCGAGCACUUCAAUUUAAUGGUGAUGUAAGGACACGGCCCAGAUCUAUUCAAGAGCUAAUGGCUGAAACUGGUAGACCUGUAAGCGAGGCUGAAGGAUCCCUAGGGUUGCCAAUGUCAUUUGAUGCAACACAAAAAACAGAAGAUUCAUCUGAUAUGAAAUUAGACUUUGCGUUCGAUUCUGAUCUGGGACAAUUAACCGAAGACAAAUCAGCUAAAUCACUUGGAUUGCCACGUGGUACCCAUAUGAGUACUUCAAAUACAAUAUCUCCACUGGCUGCCGAUCUCAAUUUAAAAAUUGCCAGUGUAAAAAAAGUCUGGGAAAUGCCAGCUGUUGCUGAAGGAAGUGAAGAAUUACAGUUUGCCGGUUUUGAAGAUGCGCACAAUAAUACAGAUACAGGUGCCCCGCCAAAUGUUUGUAAAGUAAAGCCGACGCAACAGUUGCAAUCCCCACCGCCACAACACUACAAUCACGUUAGCUAUCCGGGAGGUUACGGCGGUCUGUCAGUACCUUCUCCGCCAGCUGUGUUAUUUAAUUCGUCGCAACAAAUUCUGGGUUCCUCCCAGCAACUGCCACAGCAAGGAGGGCUCUAUGGUGCCUUUUUAGAUCAAACAAGGGGACAAUUCGGUGGAUUCCCUGCAACUCCAUAUGGGGCAGGAUCAGCCACUCCAUAUAAUUACCAGCCUCCACCAGAUAUGUUCCAGAGCCUUCAAAGUCAGUACCGAAUGGCAGCAGCUGGGGGUGGCGCAGCUUUUGGUCAAUCAGGACAGUUGGGUAAUAGUCCCAGCACAGUUCUCAUCUCUAGCACAUCCAAUUCAUUGAUGUCUGCCACAGUCAAACCAUCUUCACAACAGAUUGGUGCAAUAGUUAAUGCACAAUUCGCAGGGAGCAAGGGCGGCGGCGUGAGCGGCGUAGGCGGCGUGGGCGGCGUGAAUACGUUCCAGCAGCAGUACCUGGGCUACUCGGGGCCGGUGGGCGAGGCGCCGUACUCGCUGCCCGGCCUGCUGCCGCGCCCGGCGCCGCCCGCCAACUCGUACUACUCGCCCUACCAGCCGCCCAACGCGCCGGCGCCCACCUACCCGCUGCAGUUCACGCAGCCGGCGCAGUCCAACGCGUUCAGCUCGCAGUUCCUCUCCUCGCAGCUGCACGUCGCGGCCGCCGUACAGCAGAUGCAACAACAAUACCGCGCGCCGCCGCUGCAGCAGCAGUACGCGCCGCAGCCGCGCCCGCCGCCGCAGCAGCAGCUGAAGAGCCCGCUGCACGAGCACGCGAACGGGUUCCCGCUGUGCGACUCCGCGUCGCCCACGCCGAAGGGCGCCGCCAAGCCGCAGAAGCCGCCGCACUCGCCGCCGCAGCACAAGUACCACCAGCACCCGCAGCACCAGCAACACCAGCAGCACCCGCCCCCCGCGCACACCCCCCACCAGCACCACCACCAACAACACCAACAGCAACUAGUCGGCGGCGGCAACAACGGUCGCGGCGGGUGCGGUAACGGCGCGAUGAACCGCAACAUGGGCCCGCAGCGCUACCCGGCGCCCAUCCAGCGCCCGCACGCGCCCGCCAUGCCGCUGUACCGGCCGCCCGCGCAGCCCGCCGCGCGCCCGCACCACGCGCCGCGCCACAACCUCUACUACCACCACCCGCAGCGCAGUGAGUACUCGCACCCUGCGCAGUAUUCGAACAUUCACUACGGCAGCGGCGGCGGCGAGCCGUCCCGCGACGGGGGCGACACGCCGCUGACGGCCGAGGAGGCGGUGGAGGUGCCCGCCGCCAGCGACGCGCCCGCGCCCGCCGAGGUGAAGGCGGAGUGAGCGCCGCCGCACGCGCCUCACGCCCCACGCGACCCGCGCGCCCCGCACGUAGCACGCGGCUGACGGUUCUCUCGGUAUUUUAAGUCGUAAAUUAUGGAUGUGAUGAUUAAGAUUAUUUAAGAUUCGGACGGAGACGCCUCAGGCCAGGGCUCCACACCGGAGCGCGCCCCGGCCGGCUCCGGUGGCCGCGACGCGAGGCGCUCCUUGUUUGUAUGUAAAUAUCGGACGGACAUCCGGCUGUCUAAUUUGACUGUUAUAUUUUAAGUAUAUGUAAAACGCGAAGGUCGGCAGCUUCGCUGCGAACGGCCGGAGCGCUGCGAGGACUCUGCGUCCGCUUAACGAUGCUGCCUCGAGACCUCUCACUAGUGAAUAUGUAGCCACGGUUUUGCAUAACGAAUGACGAUGCAAUAUAAAUAAAUAAUGUAAUUUGGAGCGGAACGACCGAGUUGCGCUCGGUGUCAUCUGACCGGUGCGCGUUAGCGCUCCAUGUAUCAUAAUCAAUUAUUAUAUGCGAAUAAAAUUAUUAUGACCGA